UUUUGACUUGACGCGCCGGGAAGGAAUCCAGAGUGAGGUUUACUUGGAAUUACGUAGCCUGAAACCGCACCGGGAAUGGGAGUGCGUUUUAGCGUCAUUCUGUUCUGAAAUAAUAUCCGAUGCUAAUUCCUGUGAUCUGAUUUUAAUUUGGUAAGAUCUUGUGAAGAAAAACUCACUUCAUGUACAGUCAUGAAGCGCACCGCAUCGGCUCUGCCGCGCGUCCAGCCCUCGCGUAAAAGCGAGUGGCUGCGGAGCGCCCUGUCCCACCACCACUGCCCCGACCCCGGCGUGGAAAACGAAAUCGUCGUCCUGGCUACUGGAAUAGACCAGUACCUGCAGGAGGUCUUUCACCACCUGGCCUACCCCAACCGGGACGAUACGGUGACGGCGGAGGAUUUCACCGCGCUAUGCGCCGUGCUGGGACUCACCGGAGCGGGGAAAGGAAAGAGGACAAUGAAAGGAGGAAUCGAAGAUGGAGAAAGGGAUGAGGAAAAUGACGAGUUUAAGGAUGUGUGUUCCGUGCUGCCCAGACAGCUGUCCUUUAAAGACUUCCACUCGCGGCUUUGUGGAUAUUUCCGUGUGCGCAGUGCGCGUAAAGGCACCGGGGAGUGUGCCUGGCGCCUGCCCGUUACUGAGGACACGGAGCUGGUGGAGCGACAGAUACGGCUCCGGUGGCCGCGUGUCAGACGGAGAAAAUGUGUGAGUUUUGAUCUGACCAGGGAUCAGACUGCAUCCGUCAACAGACUGAGUAAAGGUCGAACCGCAGAGGAUCGCGAGUCGGUUGAUGAAGUAGCUGCUCUGAGGGAGCUGGUGGAGGACCUCCGCUCGGCGCUGCAGGGGAGCGAUGCUCGCUGCCUGGCCCUGGAAGUGGCACUCCGACGGGAGAGGAGUCGUACCCUCCCUUCUUCAUCCAACUUCAAGUCCACAGUUUCAUCUCCCACAUCUUCCAUCACCCUCGUACAGGGGAAACUGGUACCAACACAGAGGAUUAAAGGACAAAGCAGUGGUGCCGGAGGAGAUGCUGCGAGGAAGGUGGGGAGGAGACGGGACAUCAGGGACCCCCUUGUCAGGGAGCUGAAGUUGAUCCGCUCCUCACGUGAUGGGCAACUGGAGGAGGCCAUGAAAUUCAAUGAGCGUCUGGAGGAGGAGCUGCGAUGGGCAUACCAGGAGGUGCGCAAGCUUCAUGGGGUGGAGUCUGCACUGAGGAAGGAGAACGGUCAGAUCAGGAGGCGGGCAGAGGAGGCCAGGGAGGCUCUGAGCUUGGGGCUUCAGAGGGUCCGGAUGAUCCAGGAGCAGGCUCAGUCUGUGCCGCAGCUUCAGUCCAGGAUCACCCAACUGGAGACUGAACUACACUAUUACAGAUCCCACUGCACCUGCAUCCCUGACCCUGCCCUUCAACAAAUAUACCCGCGCAGUGCAGAAGACGGCAGUAGCAAGACAGAGACAGAGUGUCUGCAGAGAGCAGUUGAGGGGAGAGCUGCCUCUGAUGAAGAGGAGGAGGACAGAGGAAUCAGGGAGGAAGGACAGUGCUGCCUGUUGGAGGUGAAGAAGCACCGACUGCACGGCUGUGGCAAAGGAUGUCAGAACCAUGUGGUCCAUCACCUUGUCCCUCAGAGUCACCUGCACGAUAAAAACCUCAUCAACACUUUUAAGGACAGCAGGGGGAGCUGCAGCUGGCAGGGACAAAACCAAAAGCAGCCAGACGGAAGCAGAGAAAAGAGGCCUGAGGAAGAGGAGGACAAGACAAGGCUGGAGGAGAAAGAGAAGACUCGUCUGUCUUUGUUGGAGGAGAAACUCACAGAUGGCCUUACACUGCUGCUGCAGCUACGCAACAAGAACGUGUCCCGCAGGGAGCUGGGGAAGAUUGUGAUGGAUACUCUGGAUGUGUGCAGUAGAAGUGGAAAUGGUCCAUCUCAGGUCUUGCAGGUAGCUGACGCCCUCUGUGUCCAGCUGUCCUCCAGGGAUCUCCAUGGAAACGGAGAGGAUGAUGAAGGCGAAAAGAGCAGAGAGAAACCUCUGGUUUCAUCUUCAGGGUGUCAAACCAGCAGCGUCAACCCUCUGCUCAUCUCCUGUUAAAUAAGCUACUGCUGUGGUACUUACCUUUCCCUCUCUGUAUCUUUGGCUUGUUUGCACCUGUGUAACUUUCAUAUUUUGU